AUGAGUCCGUUCCUUUCCAAGGCGUAUGCCUUCCUAUUCUUGUCGCUCUUUUCCCUCGUCUUGGCCCAGAGCGACAACGGCUACAUCGGCUACGAGCUGCAUAAGCGCGGCGACCCCGAGUCCGUCAUCUACGAGACGGCCGACACGCCUGGUGUUGUGCUCCCCGAGGAACCCGAUGUGUACCUGAAUGCCUCCGUGUCGGUCGGCGAGAUCGAUAUCACGGUCGAGAACAUCACCGCAAAAUUAAAUUUGGACGCCAAGGUUCUCAACUUGCUGCAUUUCACCGCUGGCGUGGACGCCUCGAUCGACAGGGUCUCGCUGCAAAUCCAGAACGUCUCGGCCAAGGUCCUGCUGGAGGCCCGGCUGGGGAAUGUCGUGCAGAUGAUCGGAGACGUCCUGAACGUCAUCGACCUGAACCCCAUCGUCGCAACGUUAGGAAACUCGGUCAACAGCAUCGUGGGCAACGUCACAGACGAUCUGGGAAGCACAAGCUCGACCACCUCAUUGGCCGCGACAUCAGCCUCCGCGACCAACACGAGGCGCGAGCUGCAGGACUACAACAUGAAGCACAACAUCCUCUACUCGGUGAACAACUACUCGGGCGAGAAGCACACGAACCGCAUCCUGGCGCAGAACGGCAGCAUCUACGACCAGUACCUCGACAACGACGGCAACGAGCACGGGCGCCGGGUCGUGGGCUCAUACAGCCGCGACAUGACCUUUACCGGCCACAACCGGUCCAUCACGAUGAAUGGAAGCACGGAGCUCGAGCUGGGCUACAAGUACACGCCCUUCGCGGGCCUGCAGAUCAUGGCGAACAUCUAUGUCAAACCCUGGGGCCAGGUGGUCAACACGCAGAUCAUCGCUGAGGCCGAAGGCGGCGGUACUAGCACCAUUAGCGACGAUGCGGAUAUAUGA